UGCAAACAAACGAUGAAUUUGGCUAAACAAACGAUGUGCAUACAAAUAAUAUUAAUAUGAACAAUGGGCGGUGCCAACUUCACGGACGUAUGAGACUUUGCCCCUGACGGACGUUAAGCAGUAUCAGGAAUCGGAAUACAUUCUAGUAACAAUUCUUUUUUAGGAGUACCGAAGCAAUGACUAAAUCCACCAUGCAAGUAUAUUACCAAAAUGUUAGGGGUAUUAGAACUAAAAUGCAAAAUUUAAUGCAGUCUGUGUUUGCAACUAAUUACGACGUUAUUUGUCUUACAGAAACAUGGUUAAACCAGGAUAUUUCUUCAAGUGAAUUACAAAUUAGUAGUAAUUACAACGUGUACAGGCAGGAUCGUAAUAUCCUAACUAGUAACUUAAAACGUGGUGGUGGUGUACUUAUCGCGGUGAAUAAAACAUUGAUGUCUAAAUUGAUCUCAACCACUGUCGAUAAUGUUGAGCAUAUUUUCGUAUUGGUUAUGUUUCUCGGUAAAUGUUACAUCAUAGGUAAUGUGUAUAUUCCACCCAAUUCACAUUCAGACGUUUACGACUUACACUGUACUGCAACUGAAAAUGUUCUUAAUCGGUAUCCCGACCACGUGCUAAUUUUGUGUGGCGAUUACAAUUUACCCAAUAUCAAGUGGAUCAACGACCAAUAUGGUCUUCAUGCAACGGGCCAAUUAAAUGAAUCAGGAACUAUAGUAGCUGAUCAUUUUGCCUAUCUAAAUUUAUAUCAAGUAAAUAACGUGCGCAAUGAUUACAAUGUAAUUCUAGAUUUAGUGUUUACAAAUGACUUUAGCUUGGUUACACACACAGCAGAGGAUUUCUUACUUCCAAUUGAUCAUUAUCAUCCCCCUAUCAGUCUAAUAGUUGAAUCAUGUCAACUUGGUGCUGAUGAGCUGAAAGCUGAUUAUUUUUAUUAUGAUUUUAAAAACUGUGAUUUUGCAAACCUGAAUUUGCACCUUUCGCUAGUGAAUUGGGAUUUAUUGUUUUCCAGCUGUGAUAUGAAUGUUUGUGUACAGUCUUUUUAUGAACUACUGCAUCAUUUUUUUGAACUAUAUGUACCUAGAAGGAAAAGUGCCACUUCUAAGUUUCCUAAAUGGUUUUCACGUAAUGUAAAAGAACUUCUUGUGCAGAAAAAGGUUGCUCAUAAAAAAUAUAAACAAACGCGCCUAUGA